AUGAGUUCUGAAAUAAGUACGAUAGGCAGAGAAUCAAAAAGGCCUCGUCUUGAUAACCAAUCAUCCAAUUCGAGUUCAAGCUCCUUAUAUUUAGAUACGAUAAAUCGUCAUAUGUUGGACUUUGAUUUCGAAAAAGUAUGCACAGUUUCUUUAUCAAAUCUAAAUGUAUACGCUUGUUUAGUGUGCGGUAAAUAUUUUCAAGGGCGCGGACGUAAUUCACAUGCUUAUUUUCAUAGUCUGCAUGAGGACCAUCAUGUCUUUAUCAAUUUACAUACACUACAAGUUUAUGUUUUGCCUGAUGGAUAUGAAGUUAAAGAUUCUUCCUUGAAUGAUAUAAAGUAUGUGCUUCAUCCAACAUUCACCGAAGAACAAGUUGCUCUGCUGGAUCAGAAUACAAAACACUCGUAUGAUUUAAACAAUAAGAAAUAUCUACCAGGAUUCGUGGGUCUCAAUAAUGUGAAGGCCAAUGAUUAUGUUAAUGUGAUAAUACAAGCAUUGGCGCAUAUUCCGCUGCUUAGAGAUUAUUUCAUCUUACAAAAUUUUGAAAAUAGUUCUCAGUUGGUACAACGAUUUAGCAUUCUUGUUCGUAAAAUUUGGAAUCCACAAGCAUUUAAAGGUCAAGUCAGUCCUCACGAACUACUUCAGGAAAUUUCCAAUGCCAGUAAUAAAAGAUUUAAACUUGCUGAACAAAGUGAUCCAAUUGACUUUCUUUGUUGGUUUUUGAAUUCACUGCAUAAAGAUUUGGGUGGAACAAAGAAACAAAAUAGUAGCAUAAUUCACAAAAUAUUCCAGGGUGAGGUCAAAGUGGAAUCACAACCAGUUAUUGUGAAAACGGAUAUCGAUGAGAAAGAUCGAUCGUUUGACGUUGACAGAGAAAUUGUAGCAAAAAGAUCGCCAUUCCUUUUAUUAAAUUUGGAUUUACCACCACCACCAUUAUUUCAAGAUGAAGUUGAAAAAAACAUUAUUCCACAAAUUGCGUUGACAACGAUAUUAUCGAAAUAUGAUGGUCGUACGCCUCAGGAAUCAGCUGGUAUUUUAAGAAGGUCACAAUUGGUACGACUACCUAAUUACAUCAUAUUUCAUAUAAAGCGCUUCACCAAAAAUAAUUGGGCUGCUGAGAAAAAUCCAACAAUUGUCAAUUUCCCUAUUAAAAAUCUCGAUAUGGGAGAAUACUUAGAAAACCUUAGUGGUGAAAACCUUAGCACUCAUUAUGAUUUAAUCGCCAAUAUUUGUCAUGAAGGUAAGCCGGGUAAAGGUAAAGGCAUUUACAAAGUGCAUGUUCAACAUCGCGGCAAAGAUCAAUGGUACCAAAUUCAAGACUUGAUCGUUGAAGAAAUCAACGCACAAAUGAUUUUCUUAUCAGAAAGUUAUAUUCAG